CUCUUCCUCGUUUGACACCCGCCGCAUCCACACAACCCUGGUCUGGUGGUACUUGUUCAUGGUCUUCCGCCAUGGCGUCGGCGAUCUUCUCUCCCGAUCUCCGAUCUACUCAUGUUACUUUUCCUCAGGUAGACAGGCCUCUCUCCUAUCCCGCUUCCCCCCAAUCUGUCGGCAGGGCAGCAAAGGCGCGACCUCGCCAUGGCCGCAGCUGCCUCGCAGCGAGGUCGUGAGGUCACAAGGCAGAGUGCGACAUCAGCCACAUGCUCUCAACCUCAACUGUGUGCCCUAGAUCGGACCGCGAUACUGAUCUUUCAAGUUGUAUUCCACUGACUUAGGGUUUGAAGAAUUUCAUCAAGACAACUAGAGUCCUUUUGCUCAAAAUGCAGAAAUUUGAUGGAGACAGCUAUCCUGAGCACUUCUGCUUCCAUGGGAAUCCCACUGCAUGCAGCCAACUUUUCUGAUGUAAUUUCAACAUCCGUUCAAUCUUCAUCUGGUCUACAAAACAAUUGGUUGGGGAAGUCGGCACAUAUUUCCAUGGCUGAUAUUGUCAAGAUGGGCAGACCUCAAGGGAAACAUCCAAGCAUGCCUGCCAUUGCAAGUGGAAAACCUUACAUAUCUGAAAAUGCAGCAACAUCAAAUGGAUCACAUGUCAAUGCAAAACAAAUCCCAGCUUCAAUUUUGCCAUCUGAAGCUAAGGAGAAAUUAGACUCUUUUCAGGAAUCUACUUAUAUUUCUGAUAUUAAUCAUGGCCUUGGAACUGCUAAAAAUCAGCAUAUUUCUACUGAUGGAUGGGACAUAUGUGAUGAGCAACCCACAGAAAGUGUUCCAAAUUUUACAGAUAUAUCUGGUGCCUCAGCAGUUUAUGCUAACCCAUCAGCCUUAGCAGCAUCUAGUAUGGUAAUUGCUGGUUCUGACUUGUAUAUAGAUCCUUGUUUGGAAGAUUUCCAAGACCGGGAUGAAGACCUAACGAUAAACCUCAGACAGUCGAAUAUAUUCCUGUACCAGAGAGGAAGAUAGAUGUAGACACUGCAAUAGACGAUUCACAUUCAAAGAGUAUAGAUGCUUACCAAUCUAAAGAUGUUGAAUUUGAUCAUCAUGAAG